UAAAUACGUUCCACUAUUUACAUUCCACUCCAACGAUUUGACAUUUGUCAUGAGACAGGUCAGCUGACCUAUCACAGUUAUCCCAUUGCAGUGUAUAUUUUUUCCAACGAAAAUUGUUGUAUUUUCGACGAAUUUUUGCAAAUUAAGAAAAAGUAAUACAAAUCUAUUGUAAAAAUGUCCGGAAAAGAUAGGCUAGCAAUUUUCCCAUCUCGUGGUGCUCAGAUGUUGAUGAAAUCACGUCUGGCUGGUGCACAAAAGGGUCAUGGAUUACUUAAAAAGAAAGCUGAUGCAUUGCAAAUGCGUUUCCGUAUGAUUUUGAGUAAAAUUAUUGAGACCAAAACUUUGAUGGGUGAUGUAAUGAAAGAAGCUGCCUUUUCGUUAGCUGAAGCAAAGUUUGCUACUGGUGACUUUAAUCAAGUCGUUUUACAAAAUGUGACCAAAGCUCAAAUAAAAAUUCGCACAAAGAAAGAUAACGUUGCUGGUGUUACGCUGCCAGUAUUUGAGUCUUAUCAAGAUGGUUCAGAUACAUAUGAAUUGGCUGGUUUAGCUCGUGGUGGUCAACAAUUAGCAAAACUAAAAAAGAAUUAUCAAAGUGCAGUUAAGUUACUUGUUGAACUGGCUUCACUGCAAACAUCAUUUGUAACUUUAGAUGAAGUUAUAAAGAUCACCAAUAGAAGAGUUAACGCCAUCGAGCAUGUUAUUAUUCCUCGUAUUGAUCGUACUUUGGCAUACAUUAUUUCUGAACUCGAUGAAUUGGAACGUGAAGAAUUCUACCGUCUAAAAAAGAUUCAGGAUAAAAAACGUAUAGCUCGUGCCAAAGCUGAAGCUAAAAAACUUGAACUGAAACAAAAAGGCAUCGAUGUAGAAGAUGUAGUCAAUAUAAUCGAUGAUGGUGAUGAUGACGUACUCUUCUAAAUAGAAAAUUGUUAGGCGCUUGUUUAAAAGCAAUGCUAAGCGUUUGUUUAUAUACUUCUUAUAAUUAUUGCUAUUGUUUUAAAAAAUUUUAACAAUAAUAAGUUAUUGUGAGAAAAUCAUUUCAGUUACAACAAAAACAGUAUUUUUUAACUCAUAAAAAGUACCGUUUUAAAAAAAAAUUUUUCUUGUUUUGUUUUUUUAAUUCUAAUGUAUAACAAAAAUACUAAAAUUGUACUACUUCUGAUUGAAGAAAUUCCAUAUAUAUAUUAUAUUAUAAUUAUUAUAAUAAGUUGUUUGUGUAGUUUGUGCCUACUUGUAUUAUAUUGUUCUUUUCAAAAAUUGUGAGCAGUUUUUCACGUACUGCUUGCUUUAAUAAUAUGCAAUAAUAAUUAUAAAAUGAAAAUACAGUUCAUAUAUAUAAAUAUAAAUGAAUCAUAUAAAAUUACAAAAUAAAAUAAAAGAGUUU